UGGAAGAAUUAGUAAAAAAUGAAAUGGAUGUCAAGAAAAGAGAUUUGGAGGUGUUGAGUGAGGCUUAUGAGAAUGUUUAUUAUAACUCGACGAUGGCUGAGGUACCUGAGGAGGAAGCUCCGAAUUGUGAUAUUUCUUUUAGGAAUAGGAAAAAUUUUAAUAUCUUUUUCAAAAAGAUGAUGCCUAUAAGAUUGGGGAAGAUUAAAAUGCUAUUUGUUUGAAAGGAGAUCAAUCAAAAGAAUUUUCAGAGAUUGUUGAAGAAUAAUCUGUUUAUCAAAGAAAUUUCAGAAUUUAUUAUUGAGUUUUCUCAAGAAAAAAUAUGAUACCUAAGCCCUUAUUUCAAGCAUCUUAUGCAAAUAAUUCCAAGAGUAAAGACUAAAUUAGCUCUCUAUCGCUGAACCAUCAAUCGAACCCAAUUUCGAAAGAUACUCCAAGUCGGAAAACACAUCCAAAACCUCGAAUUUAACUAUUGAACCUUCAACUCCGCCCACCUCCACUUAGACCCACUUUCUUACUCCUCCAAAUCAGGAGCCAACCAAUACAGCACAAAAUCCCUGACCUUCAGGCUCCCCAAAUUCCCUCCCCCACUCUUCCCUAUCAUCUCAAAAUCCCUUAAAUCCCUACUCCAAGCCGCCUCUUGCACCACCUUAAAAUCCUCACUAGAAACCUUAUCAAUAAACAACCAGGCUCUUCGCCAAGAAGCAGCGGAGAUAGCUCAAGAAUUAGGGUUUAAGAAUUUGGUCGUGAAAUCGUAA